AUGAGCAUUGCGCGCGCCUCCUCUGACCAGAAUGGUGGCGGUGGGUGUGGUAUCAACGGGAGGUCAGGGUGGUACAGCUGUUGGCGGACGUGCAUUUGUGCGACAGCCCACUUGGCAUAUAACAAGUCCUUCGAGGGCAGGGAUCUCCACAUCAAACGUACAUAUGUUGACCUCGCCUUGAAUCCUGGUGGUCACACCGCUGGUCUCUCUCACUUGUAUGAUAUCACUGACACUAUUGGUUCCAUGAACAUCGAUGAUACAGAGGAUCUCGAAGCAAACCUAGUUAUGGAACUCGCCAGGGCUAGACGAGAGAAACUCCAUGCCGAAAAGUCACUUGCCGAUUGUGUGGUCCACGAACUCGAACUCAUGGCGAGUUUAUCGAAGUUCAAGUCAAGUCUUUCCGGGCAGAAACUUGACCGAGCGGAUGUAGGAUUGGGAUAUAUGCGGAUCGCAUUCAAAACACAUGGUCUAUCUCACCGCGCGCACCAUCUCCACGGCUCUGUCGUCGAGGUAGGGGACCAUGAUGGCCAUGAAAUCACUAUUCAGUUAGAUUGA